GUAUUAUUUCAUAGUUGUGAUGACUUUGACAUUGUAAAAUGUGGAAAGUAUAGACUAGUAAUAAUACUGAAUGAGUAGGUCCAAACAUUUGAUUUGUUUUUUGUUUUUCAGGACUGCACGUCACUUCGCUUCUUUUACUAAUUAGAUUAGUAAGGCGAACGAAAACACUGCAGUUGUUAAUUGAUUCAUCGCAUUAUCUGUUAUCUCAACUUUAUAGAAUAGCACUUUGCUGUCUUGCGCUGUCCAUUUGUGCCUUUUGCUUGACGCUGCUCAGUUUGCUGGCCCUGUAGGAGGUCGGAGUGACGCUGUCUGGCAAAUUUGCUCCUCCAAAUGGACCGACGAAGUCCAUCAAGCCCCCAUUAGGACCUCGUUAAAUUCGCUUUGUGAGAUAUUUUGCACCCUACUUAACGGGCUGGAGUGCGAACGCGUGCUUUAAAACAAAAAGCGCGAGAGAAGCUCGCACUGACCGGGGAUCUGCUUUAGUUCUUCGGCUUGUGGUUACUUCGGCUAUUGUAGGCCUUAAGAGCUGUUUUCAGAUCAGUUGUUGGGGCCACCCAUUAAAAGGAAUGCUAGACAGCUAAAAUUAACACAAUAAUUGACAUUUAAGUAGAUAUCAUCGUUAGUAUUACCAGUAUAAUAUUUUUUUUUGUUUUACCUUUGGGCGCUCAUGCACAGUUUAAUACAUUGAUCGCCUAGCACACGUACAUCACCCAGACGACAAUUUGAUGUGUGUUUACAUCUGGAAGACGUAUUUUUAUGUUGUUUGCUCAUCUGCAUUACGACAUAAAACGUUUGUCAAUAAGUAGGCCUAUGUCCGGAUGAGAUCGGUAAAGUUGGACAUAUAUUCACAGAUUCUAACUUCCCGGAACAAUAACUCAUACGCGAAACGUUGCUAAAACACAAACGACGCCUCUUUCCAACCGUAGUAAGGUAGACAACGAGCUACAACCUAAUUUUAAUGCAAACGAGCCGUCCUCCGAGCUGGACAAAUAACAUUGAUCAGUGCAGCCAGCUCUGAGACGAGUGCGCAGGGACCGUCUACAAAGUGCAACACCGAAAAGCGAUACUACAAAAAUAUUCAAUAACUUAACUCUAAUACUUGUCAAUAAACAAGAGACGUUUAUGAUCUAGAAUGUUUGUAAAUCCGAUAUUUUUAAGAUGUUUAGCAAAUGUUAAUUAAAGUGGGAUGCUUUCCAUAUCUAAAACAGACAUCUCGUAGAUGUACGUGUGCUAUCUGGGAUACAAGCUAUAAUUGGAAAUGCACUAGCAAAAGACCUUUUAAAUUCACGCUUAAAUAUUGCUUCACUUUAGGUAACCUGUUUACAGACAAAAGGUCAUUUAAGAUUUCUUUCGGUUGUACUGUUGAAUGACAGCAGAGUUCUUAAUUUAAUGCAGCCUAGACACCUAAUAACUAACUAACUAUAUUAUAUAUGGCCUCACUCGCCCCCCGUCGUCUUUCUCACAGAUGGUGUGCAAGUUUGCCCCUCCGUGUUGUUGCAAUAACCUCAGAGUACCAGAUUUCUCACCCUCACGCUGGGGCGCACUGUUUAUACAACUGGAGAUGUCUUCACACCAAAAUGUCCAUAGCAGGCUAUACCCCAAUGAAACAGCACCAUGGUCUCCACAACCCCCCCUCCUAAAAAAAACUCAAGUCAUUUGGCACUGCCACCAUCAUCCUGCCCCGCCCCUGCAGCUCUAGCGCUAUAUAAACCCGAAGAGCGACUCUCCACCAUUCAUUCACUGGCCUGCGGAGGACAACGACUCAUCCACAUCGCCCAGACCCCAUCUCUCCCUAAACAGGACUAUUUAGGACUAUCACCCCGCAAAACAGAGAUGAAUUCUGCCUGUUUUGCCACGCCAUUUUCCAAUACUAUGAACACUGAGAUCCAGCAGUCCAACAGCAGCCCAGCUUCUCUGUGGAGACCAUGGCUGGUGAACAGAAAGGAUGCACAAACGGAAUGCCGGAGAACCAAGCUGGCUUGUCCGUACUCCAGGCCAGAAGUACCCAGUAACACUAGAACAACAGAUGGCAAAACACAGUCUUUCCAGCACCCUGUCAGGCUGUAUUGGCCCAGAUCAAAAUCCUUUGACUACCUCUUCAGAGAUGGCGAAGUUCUGCUCCAAAAUUUCCCUGUCCAGGCCACCAUCAACUUCUAUGAUGAGUCAGACAGUGAAGAGGAGGAGGACAGCUGUGAUGAAGAUGAAGACAGCAACACAGAGGAGUGUCUUAAACUCAGCAGUCACUUCACCAGUUAUAACUGAAUGUUCAAAUCUGCCCUACGAUUCUGUGACUUUAAACUGGGGAAGCUUAUAAAUGUAACAUUGACACUGGAUAAUACCACAUCAGGCUCUAUUAGAGAAGUCACUCCAUCAAUAAUUUAGUGCAUGGACAUGUCUUUCUUUUGAGCUUGCAAACACAACCAGAGUGAUUUUGCUGAUACUGAUUGUUUUGUGCCAGAAACAUCAAUCACACUAAUGCAACAUCUGAAAAAAAAAAUAAAAUAAAAAUAAAAAUCCUUUAGAAGAGAACCGAUAAGUCUUGGAUAAAAGUAAUUCCUGUUGGAAACAGCAAAAAUGCUAUCCCACAUUGGGAAGUGUUGUUUUGGAGCUAUCUCAGGGUCCUUACCUUCUUUUGUACAUAAAAUUAUAUUUGUAUUCAAUUAGUCAACCCUAAUUUAUGAUGUAUGUACAUAAAUUGUAUGUAUAUAUGUAUUUAUGCCAUAUUUUUCUACUCUUGUAUUUUGAUUUAAAAUAAAAUAUAUUUA